UGUCAUUAGCCUGUUUUGUGGGGUGCUGUGAAGGGAUACAUACCUAUCAUUCCAUGCACGUGAGAUUACAAGAUAUGUUAUAGCAUUCUACUUCAGACAAACAUCAAUCUCUUGGCGAUGGUUGUAUUAAACGGAUAACAUACCCGGAGAGUCAAGCAUAAGAAUCAGAAUAUUAAUUGUAAAGAUAUAAUGGCACGCUUUAGAUCAGAGUUACACGUCCCAGUGCACAGAGACGAAAUGAACUUCCAAGACCGACAAGUAAAGUCCUGGCAAGAUACAGAAACAAAAAUGGAACAACAGAGGAAGGAAUGGGAUGAUGAAUUUGAUCGGAUGCGGAACGAUUUUUUUACGCUUAAACCAGUUGAUAAAAUUCGGAGCAGCCCAGAAAGGCUUGAUCACUUGAAAACUAUUUAUGAAACAGAUCCAUUUGGGAAUCAAAAAUUUAUGGUUCGAUUUGAUGUUAGUGAAUUUAGACCUGAAGAAAUCCAAGUUCGUACACAGGACGGUAAAAUAUCCGUAUCUGCAAAACACCUACAGAAAUCUUCAACAUCAUCUGUCAGUAAGGAAUAUAGUAGAAACAUUGAUAUCCCUAGUAAUGUUGAUGAGGAUAAAUUACAGUGUGUACUUAGCAAGGAUGGAAUAUUGACUGUCGAAGGGCCGUUGAAAAAGGGCCAUCUUGUUACCACUAAUUAUUUACCUAUUCAACAAGGUCCUGGAAGUGUCUCGCCUGUACCAACGAUUAACAAUCAAGUGGCCAUUUCCAAACCGUUAGAAGUAGCGACACCAGUCAAAAACCCGAUUAUAACGGAACCCGAUGGUACACGGAAACUACGUUUAUCAGUCGACGUAGGCGAAUUUAAACCGGACGAAAUUGUAGUGAAAACAGCAGAGAAGAAAUUAAUUGUUCACGCCGAGCACGAAGAAAAAUUGUCAGGAAGAACACUUCAUAAAGAAUUUAACAAGGAAUACGAACUUCCCGAUAGCGUAGAUCAGUCGGCAAUUACGGCUUAUAUUGGAGAGGAAGGAAAGUUAUAUAUCGAAGCGCCAUUAAAGCCAGCACAACAGAAGAGAUACUCUAUAACCCAGACACACGACGUUAGGAAGGUUGUUGUUACAAAAGAGUCACAAGUGACUAUAACGGACAGCCAAAACAGACCUAUGAUAACAAUCAAUGUUCACCGUAACUAAAUGGAUUAUAUUCAAGGGCGGAAGGAUGAAGGAUUUCAAUGUUGUGAUAGGUGACAUAGUAAGCUUGCUUUUCGUUGUAAUAGUAAGUGUAUGGACACUGUAUAUAUGAAUCCUGUUAUAUGUUUGCUUCAUGUUCAUAUAACCUGAGUAUCUUUAGGAUGCAGAACUAAGUAUGUCUGUUGAUAAAGAUUUAUAGACAAUAAUUUGGAAUGACGCCAUAUCAAAGUGCCAAGAAAAACAAUUACGGUGAAAUUAUUAUGAAUGAGAGUUAGUUUGACUGUUAUCACCAUGCAUAUAAGUCUGCAGUCAUUUAUUUUGUCAUAAAUAACUUCAUUGUUUGGUGCUUUGCAAGUGGUUUUCAAUCUUCAUCCGAGAAAAAAAUGUCAGUAUUGCGAAUAUGAAAACAAUUUCUGAUUUUUAGUUUUAUUUUCUUUCAUUUUAUUAAGUUUAGUUUGUUAGAUAAAAACAAAGCUGACAGAGAAUAUUUACAAUUUAUUAAAGAUUUCAAAUUUAUGUUCGUUUAAUGUUGAAAAGAAUAUGAUUUUUUAUAUCUUUCGAUUUUUUAUAUAGUUCUAUAAAUCUGUUUCUGAGGUGGUAAUAUAACGUAUCAAAGUUAAAUCUGUUUCGGAUAUGGUAAUAUAACGUAUCAAAGUUAAAUCUGUUUCGGAUAUAGUUAUAUAACGUGUAUCAAUGUUCAUAAUUUUGUUUAGCUCAGUCAUAUCAAUCUCACUAUAUCCCUCCUCCAUGUUUGUUACCUCAGUAUUGAUUUUUCUUCGCUUUAGAAAAGAGGAGGAACUUGAACGAUCACGUAGACAAUAUACGCCCAAGCACUCGUGUAAAUUCAUCUUGCAAUUAGUUAUAAGAUAUGAAAGUCAUUAUUUAGUUAAUUAGUUAUUUGUUUAUUUAUGUAUGUAAUGCAUGUAUCCCUCAAGAAGUUGAUGUAUUGCAAUGUAACGUGAAACACUGGAGUGGUUUAUUUAGAAAUCACUAAUUAAUCAUUUGUCUAUAAAAAUAUGGAGACAUGGUAUGAUUGCCAAGAAAACAAUUAUUCAUUACGACCUAAGGAAAAAGACUGAUAAAUUUGGACUUUUGGACAGGAAAUGUAAAUGAAAUGUAUAUAUAAGACUAAUAAUCUUAGAGAUUCGCCAGCCGAUGACAGAUACAUUCUUUAUUGUUUUAUCGUUAAUCAUUUGGCAAUACUGCGAGGCUUUUCUUGUGCAAUCCUGUACAUUUCAUGUAAUAGUUCUGAAAUCAUAACUUGUGGGAAAUUGCUGAAAACGCAUAUUUUUAUGUGUUAAUUAUGUGUACUUGUUUAAGCUUAUGGGUAUGUUCAUGUUUAGAUAUUUGAUAACCCAUCAUGACUAUAGAAAAUAAUGGGCCGAAAUAGAAAAAAAACCCAUGCAGAAAAAUGACCUGAAAAUUAAAGAAUGGAGAAAUGACGACCCACAACCGACCCUUAUUAAUGACAGAUAAAUUGUUAUUGCUCCUGAUUUGGACGGGAAGUUUGAUUUAUUAAAUUCUACACAUUUUACAAAGCUACCGCUGUUGAUUACAUCAUGUUGGUAGUUUUGAACUGAACAUAUUUGUUUAAUUAAUAUUUAAGUUAUAAAUCUUUGGUAUACGAUGUUUUACUUUGAUUUCUUAACAGUCUUUUAAUCUGCGAGUGUGUACUAGUUUGACCUGCAAAAUUAGAUACAAACAGUAUAUACUGAAAAAGAAAUAAUCAUGAACUAAUUUAUUUUUAGCAUCAUCAAAUGUUCUAAUGUUUGUGUGGAUGAUGCCGAGUGUUAGGAAUUUUGUAAGUGACUGAGUGAAAAUAGUGGUAGGCUUGGAGUUGAGGGUGGGGAGGAGUGCAAGGUUUGUCUCUAUUUCUGGUUGGGAUGAGUAGCUAUGACGUACAGUAUCAUAACCGUAUUUUAUUUAUAAUAUCGACACCGAUGCACAGCCAUGUAUAUCUUAUAUGAAAUAGAAUUAUCGUUAAUGCUGUUUGACUUAAAGUCAUGUUCAACGUUAGUAACUUAGACAAUAAGUCCCCCUUCCCAACCCCUGUUUAUGUAACAUUUUUUCAUUUAGAGACUAAUAAUUGCAUAUACAGAGGUUUAUAUGGUUUACCUCGUACCUCACUUAUCUGCAUGUUUAACAUGCCAGAUUUCCAUGAAUGUACUGCAACAUAUUUCAAUAUAUGAAGUUACUAAGACGCGAAACAAAGAAGUCAACUGUAGGGGAUGAAUAUUUCUGUGUGUACAUCAUAUUUGAGUGUUUUCAUAUUUUCAUUGUAUUUCAGUAAGCUCUCUUAUACUGUGAUUACGUUGUAAUUAAUUGUUAAAUAAAUUAAUGUUAUAAUAAAUGUUUAUAAUGUUG